CAGGCCGGCACGUGACGAGAGUAAGUUCCUGCUGUGGCUUGAGGGAAACAGAUCGACAUUCAGCCGCGGGAGAAUCGCACUUUGCGGCCUGUGGAAGCCCCCUCCCUGAGCAAUGGCCUCACCUGUCUCAGUCUACAACUCUAAUGCCUUGGACACACACAUCUCCAGUACCUCCAGAGAGUCUCUGAAGAUGGAGUUGUUAGCAGAUGUCAGUCUGCUGCCAGGAGAGGAGAGAAUUACAGAUAAAGACAUCAUCUACAUCUGUCCAUUCAGUGGAGCUGUGAAAGGAAAAGUGUUGAUCACCAACUACAGACUCUACUUCAAGAGCUCAGACACUGAUGUGGCGGUGACACUGGAUGUUCCUCUGGGUGCCAUCAGUCGGGUGGAGAAGAUGGGUGGGGCAUCAAGCAGAGGAGAAAACUCGUAUGGCCUGGACAUCACCUGCAAGGACAUGAGGAAUUUGAGGUUUGCCUUGAAGCAGGAGGGCCACAGCAGACGAGACAUCUUUGAGCUCCUCUUCAGACACGCCUUCCCCCUGUCACAUGGUCUGCCUGUGUUUGCGUAUGUGACUCAGGAGAAGUACGGGGACAACGGCUGGAACAUCUAUAAACCCAUAGAGGAGUUCAGACGCCAGGGUCUCCCUAACAACAAGUGGCGUAUCACAUUCAUCAAUAAGAGCUACGAGCUGUGUGACACCUACCCCACUGUGCUGGCUGUGCCCUUUAAGAGUAAAGAGGAGGACCUGAGGAGAGUGGCCACCUUCAGGUCCAGAGGACGCAUACCGGUUCUGUCGUGGAUCCACAGGGAGAACCAGGCCGUGAUCGUCCGCUGCAGUCAGCCUCUGGUCGGCAUGUCCGGGAAGAGGAACAAGGACGACGAGCGCUACCUGGACCUGAUCAGGGAGGCCAACGACACCACCAAGCUCACCAUCUUCGACGCCAGGCCCAACGUUAACGCCGUGGCCAACAAGGCGACCGGAGGAGGCUACGAAGGCGACGAGUACCAGAACGCAGAGCUGAUCUUCCUGGACAUCCAGAACAUCCACGUCAUGAGGGAGUCCCUGAAGAAGCUCAAAGACAUCGUCUACCCCAACGUGGAGGAGUCCCACUGGCUGUCCAGUCUAGAGUCCACACACUGGCUAGAACAUGUCAAGCUGGUGCUGUCAGGAGCCAUCCAGGUAGCAGACAAGGUUUCCAGUGGGAACUCUGUGGUGGUUCACUGCAGCGACGGCUGGGACAGAACCGCUCAGCUCACCUCUCUGGCCAUGCUGAUGCUGGACAGUCACUACCGCACACUCAGAGGCUUCCAGGUGCUGAUAGAGAAGGAGUGGAUCAGCUUUGGACACAAAUUUGCCUCAAGGAUAGGUCAUGGGGACAAGAACCACGCAGACCAGGACAGAUCACCCAUCUUUGUUCAGUUCAUAGACUGUGUUUGGCAGAUGACUAAACAGUUUCCAACAGCCUUUGAGUUUAACGAGCGCCUCCUGCUGACAAUCCUGGAUCACCUCUACAGCUGCCGCUUCGGGACUUUCCUCUACAACUGUGAGAGCGCCCGAGACCAGCACGAGGUGAGGUCAAAGACCGUGUCUCUGUGGUCUCUGGUCAACGGUAAGAUGGACAUUUAUCUAAACCCCUUCUACACCCCCGAGUCCGGCAGAGUCCUGUACCCCGUCGCCAGCAUGCGUCACCUCGAGCUGUGGGUCACAUACUACAUCCGCUGGAACCCGCGCAUCCGACAGCAGCAGCAGAGCCCAGUGGAGCAGCGCUACAAGGAGCUGCUGGCCCUCAGAGACGAGUACUUGAAGAAGCUGGAGGAGCUGCAGCUCUCUGACUCCUCCCCCUCCUCCCGCCUGCCUAACAGCCCCACCCCCAACACCCCCUCCCCCCCCUCCUCCACACCAUCACAGCAAUACACACACCUACACACUCCCUUCUGAAGGCAGUCACACACACACACACACACACACACACACACACACACACAUACACACACUCUCUCUCUGAUAUACUUGUUGACUUGCACUUGUGUCUUUCACUCUGAUCUCUGUCUUACACACACGCAGGGAAUGAAUUAGUGUUGCUCAGUCUAACUGUGAUAACUAAGGAUGCUAAUAAGACUUAGCUUUGAUGGUUAACUCUAACACCAUAGAGGUGAUGGUGGCGAUUUAUGCAAUAUGUCACAGUACAGCCUUGUCACAACACAUCUCUACACACACUCGUCAUACAGUGAAGCCUUAAAGACAUUCAGUGGCUCUCAGUACAAAGGGCUUGAACACACAGGACACACAGCGGUUGUGUAUUACACAGGCAGCGCAGCGGGGCCGGAGGUGUGUGUCCUCCGUCCACCUCAAUCAAUUUACAUCAGAUUCCCUGAUGAACCGAGGCCCAGCUCUCUGUGUGUGUGCUCAGUACUGAGGAAGUGUACUUAUAGAAUCUUAACUCAAGGUCCACUUACUCACAUUCUUCAGAUGAAGCUCUGGAUAAGGCCAGUAAGUGACCCUUGAGUUACGACUGUCGUACAUUAGAGGUUCAACACUGAGAGAAGUUUUAUCUGUGCUUCCACUUGAAAGAGACGUGAGGGGUGUGGCUUAGCUUGCACUAGCUUUAGCCUAGCCUAGCUUAGCUUAAACAAAAAAAAAAAAAAAAGAUGCGGUUCACUCCAGGGGGAAAUUUCUGUCUUUACUCUCAGAAAUUAUUUAUGUAAAAAAAAAUUUAAAACCUUUAAAGUCACAGUGAAAUGACACAUUCACAUAAUAAGCUACUGGAUGUCUCAGUCUGUCUGCGUCUCUCAGAGGGAUUUAAAUCUUUCAGAUAUGAUUGGAUUGCUAAAUAAGUGUUUGUGGUUUGGUGAAAACAGCAACAUGAUACAGAGCUGUAGAUCAGUGGUUCUCAAAGAGAGGUCUUCCCGGUGGUCCCUGAGGUGGUUCCUGGGGGUCCCCAGCAAAAAGGCGAAUAAUUUAUUUUCACUAUAAUACCAUCUGUAAGUAACACAAUGACAGAAUGUAUGAAUAUUUAUGGUUUCAAGCACUUUCUGUAAUAAAACGUAAAAAGUAAAAAUCUGAUCAGACGGCGGUCUGUGGUCUAAUUCGCCACUGCUGUAGAGAGCUGCAGACUGUUGGCAUCCACGACUCGACUUUAUUCAUACAGCACCUUUCAUACAAACAUAUAGCCUGUAUUUGUAAGUAUUUCACAGAGCAAGAGUAAAACAACACACUCACACACACACAUGCACAAAAAAAAAGAUGUGCAGAUUAAAGAUUUACUACAGUAAAACGGUAAAAUGAUGAAUGAAAGUCAAUAAACAUUUUGACUAAAGUGAUAAAACCAUAAUGAUAAGAAAUAAAACUGAAGCAAUAGCUCUAACAUUAUUCUGAGUUAAAAUCCGAUCUGGAUCACACGUUGUUGGACCAGCAGGAGAAGAGUCAAAUGAUCAAAUUAGUCCUCAAAUCCAAACACACACCACCUACUGUGUCCUCCUGCUGUCUGCUCACACAAGCUGUUGGUCAAAUUCACUUUAAUAUAAUGUUCUGGGUUACCUAAAUAAAUUAGCGUAACCGCCCCCGAAUUCAAGAUGAGUGAUUGAAAUGUAAAUGCAGCAGAUCAGGUGACACACUCAGCCCAGUCUCUUCCUGCCUUCGUCCUGCUGCACAGCCGCUGGUGUCCUCUGUGAACAAAGCGUAAUGCUAAUCAACACGUUGUACAACUCUCACUUCUCACACUUGUUCCUACCUGCUGCACUGAGUGUUGGCCUAUCCCAUGAGGAGCAGAGGCUGCAGAGCUGAUGCUGGAGGGUCCGAGGCCUGGAGCUCCUGCAGCAGACGUCCCGACUCCAGCUAAGUGUAUGAAUCAGGUGUCGGGUCAGAGCUGGAUGUGUUGAUGUGGAUGGAAGCUAGAGUUGUCUCUGUCCCGCAUGUUCUGCAGUAUUUUCCAGCACUUCCUAAGCAAAUACAGUUUUAGCCAAUAGGAAGAGUUUGGUUACAACCAAUCAGUGAUUUACUUUUAUGAAUGCAGCUUUGAUACCGUUUGAAAUGUAUUUCAGGUGCUCAAGAUAGUUUAGGGGAAUGAAGUGGUGCUGGCCUCUGAUCCUGCAUCACCUCUCGCACCUUUAUGGUCUCACUAAACACAGAGCCUGGAUGGAGAACCCAGACCAGGUCCAUGAUAGCCUUACCAUGCCAAGAUGUUUGUUACCAGCACACGGUUUUAGGGACAGUGAGCAAAAACGGAAAAAAAAAAACAAAAACUCUUUUUGUAAAUCAGCCAGUUUGUAGAUAUUCAAACCUCCCUCACUGAAAAAUCCAGUGUGAAAUGUCACAUGUGAGCGAACAGCAUGCGUGUCUUUUGGACAGGUGGUGGUUUUGUAUCCAAGAGUUUCCCACGUUUCAGUUGGACAUCGGGUGGGACAGUUUUAGUUAUUUUACAUGCACAUUCUCCAGUUAUUUGAUUGGACAAAAUAAUUGUGUUGUUUACAACAACUAGUUUAGUUGUCUCUCCGCUCCUCUCUGCAUCCUAUUGGACUCUAUGUUUGUAGCUUCUCCCUAUACGUCAAAAAAACAUGUCAUCAUAACUAAUAUGAUGAUGGGGAAGCUAAAAGACCUGUGCUGUAAACUUUAGGAAAUUAUCCUUGACUUCUGUAGCAAGUAAUAAAUCAAACUAUGGAAGAUCAUUUCUGCCAGAAAAAUUAAAAAUAAGGAAAAAUGAUAGAAACUGCAAAAAAAUUGAAUGUUAAAGUUAUAGGGGACUGUUUUCAAACAAUGACAUAUUUAAUCAGUUAUGCAUGAUUGACAUUCUAAAUUAAAAUUUUGUUGUUUUUUAUGUGAGUAAAUUAUUUAAUCAGAUAAACUAAAGUCAGUUUAUUAGAUUUUGUCAUUGUUUUGAUUCACAGCCUUAAAGGUAUGACCUACUAUCUCUAAAUUCUACAGCACAGAUUUAGACUUUUAAAACAUUUAAGUGAAAUAAAUUUACGUAACGUUCUACCUAACUAAUAUGUCAUUAAUUUUGACCUACUGUACGUAUUUUUUAUUUUUAUCCUUUAUUAUCAUCAUUUUACUUUUUUUCCUCCCUGACUCAAAUGAGCUUCCAUAAAACCCUCCAGUAGAAGGAGCUGAAACCCGACCUGUCCAAAAAACACCUGCUGUGAUAGUUGUGUGUUUGGGUUUCUGUGCUGUCAUGGAGCUGGUUUCUACACAACAGUGUGAAGAGUCAAACUCAGGACAUCACAUGGACAUCAGUGUGUGUGCGCGUGUGUUGGAAACAGAAUCAAGUUUCUCUGUUAUGACAAUGGAAUUUAAAGAUUUUUAGAAAUAGCCUGAUGAGGAUUUUGCUGCUAACUCCAAAAGUUCCCCUUCUAGUUAGUUUGAAACCAACUGACACAAACUCAGAGGAAUCAUGGCCAGCAUUGUGGUAAAACAUCACGAUGUCCGUACUGUAUCACUCAAUCUGUCAGAUGAUGACAGAACUGUUUAUUUCUACCCGUGUGUGUUCAGUCAGUCUGAUGAGAAACGUCUGGUAGUCCUCGGCGUCUGGUUCUUUGUUCCAACCCGGGCCACUUGAUCAAUAACUGGGGCUGGACUACCAGGACUGAAGUGUAGACUUUAUGUUGCCACCACAUCAUCAUCAUCCAUCAGAAAAAAUCCUGAUUGGCGGUUCCAGCUGUUGGAUCCAUCACCAAUAAAACCAAUGAAUAAGAACUAAACAAAGCUUCAGGUGUGGUCUAGGUAGCAGUUUAGCUUUAACGCUGCUACAGUGCUUUGCUGUGGCGCUGGGUAGAUACACCUGGAUGUCUGUAUGGAUCACCACUGUAGAUCAGUCCCCCUUUCACCACAGGUUUAACAUUGUAUAGACACCUCUGUCACAAAUGAGUUACUAUUACAGUAACCCAGCAGUUCUCUCUAACGAGACCAGUGGACUGAUAGAUACCAAAAAACCCAUUAGCAUUUUCUCAAGACCACGUGUUUACAUUGACUCCUUGAGACUUUGAGGGUUUUUUCUUUGAUUACAUUAGUAUUUGUCAGCACAGACAACAUGCCACUCGAGGCACACCAUUUUACAGAUAUGCUGCCUGGUUUGUUAAAGUGCCCAGUGAUGAUGCAGAGUGUGAGGAGCAGCUGGUUCCGGGAGGAUUUUCCCUCUAUAAUUAGCAGCUGUGAUGACGAAACAUCCUUCACAAAUGAAUAUUAUGGUGCAAAAACCCAACUGUCUUUCCUGUUCAGUCAUGCACUGGUGUUCGGCAGACCAGCCAACCCUUCUACUUACCUGGGGUGAACAUGGUUUAGAUGCUGUCUUGGUUUGAACUUUAACCUGCACUUGUUUUAAUGUUUUUAAAAAGCAAUGUCCCCGAUUUCAAGCUGCCGUUAUCAACACAGGCAACAAGAUUUAAGAUUGGUGAUUGGAUAUUUCGUACCAAAAUGCCCAUUGGGAGUUGUUGUUAGCUCCACAGAAUUUGAAGCUUACUUCUGGAACCAUGGAUACUUUAUAAAGCUCCUCCCACUGUGCUUCUCUACAGUAUCCCUGAAUUUAAAGUCAGCAGCCUUUGUGGUGAGAGAGGAAUUGGAGUCAGGAAGGCACGGAAAAACCAGCCUAGACUCCAGCUGAUUGGAUUUCCAGCAAGUUGGAAGCAGUGAUGAUGAUGUAUUGUAUGUACAGUGCGACAGUUUCAGUUGUGAAUGAGGUGUAAUAAGUCAUUUUGUGAAGUGCGUCAGGUCAUGUCCAGAUUUGUGCCUUGAUUCUUGAUAGAAUCACCUUCUGUCAUGUUUGAGCUUGACUGCUGUGGUGCUGGUUCCAGCCUCGUACGCUCUGAUUUGGGACAACGCUGUUGGUUUUUGGGUUUGUUUGAAGUGGGAUCAGGUGGGAAGUCACCACAGGAAGUCUUCUGGUAACAAGGUUUACCUGGGCACCUCUACCUGCGUUAAAGGAAGCCUCUCCUUAUCCCCCUGAAAACUGCAAACUACCUGAUCUUUAAUGAACCCUGUUGGUUAAUACAUCAUGACCCUUUGUUACUGAGCAAAUAUCAGUGUCAACGUACCCUUUAACUGUCAAAGAUGUCAGUUCCACCCUUUAAAGGUACAUUCCCUGACUGUUCUAAGACCCACAGGGUUCUCAGUUGAGUUUCCAAACUUCAACAUUGACUGGGAGAAUAGUUAAUAGUAGUGUUGGUUGCAGAGGUUAUGUUACUCUCAAGGCAGAAUUGACCUUUAAAAGCAGAAGUGUCAUGGCAAGAAGUUUCAGUGUCUCACUUCAACAUAAACGAGGCCUGGUCAUGGGAGAACUUUACUCUUGCGGAUUGGAUUGGAGAAAGAAUCUUCGACCAUUUCUGUAACUUUCUGAAACCAACAAUCCAAUGUUCACAUCUGCUUCACCGUGAUUGGCCGGCUGUGUUGAGGUGAGAGAGGGGGCAGGGUAUGAACUGCUUUUCAAAAAAACCAGCACAAUUGUACAAAGUAGUCAUUUUCAAGUACAACCCAUCCCUAGUCCUUCCAGAUAUCAACUAUACGCAUGUAAUUCCAUGGAUUGGCCAGCAGGUGGCGCCAAAGCCGUCCAUCAUCACUGGGGGCAACUUGAACAGAAUCAGGGGUGUACCUAGGUGAAGUCUGAGAGGAGGGGCCACCUGCGAGUCAGAUCUCAAACAUGACCUCUCUGUGGUGGAGUGGGUGGAGUAGAGAGAACAACCUGGUUCCUGUUCACAAACAGGUGGAUUUGUGUCCGAGGUGAGGUUUGGUCUCACUGAGGAGGGUCAGAGGUAAAACAGCAGAGACAGCCACUUUAAACGUGUGUCGGUCGGGUGGUUGUGUUUUUAGGGGAAAACAGAUGAAAAUCUAUUUUUUUUAUUUUUUACUUUGUACAAGCACCAUGAUGUAAUUACCUCAAUCAAAACCUAUUUUACUGUCUAAAGUUCUAUUGUUGUAAAAUACAAUUAUUUUGUGUAGUGUAAAAUCUUACAGUUUUAUAAAAAAAGGAAAGUAAUGUUGGUUCAGAAAUUGUUGGUAUAAAUUGUGGAUUUCUGCUCCAUUGGGUAAAUGUUUUCUUUUUGAGGAAUAUUUUUUUUUUGGUUGGUUUUUUUUUUUUUGUACUUGCUAAUAACCCAGGAUAAAAGGUAGAAGCUUCUGGAUCUGUUCACUUGUCACAGACCGUUGACAUCUUCCUCUCAGUUCUCUGAUGGUCUUUAGAUUCACUCUGGCUCUGUGGUAAUGAAUCUGACAAGUACCUGUGUCGUUGUUCAUUUCAGUUUGACUCUUUCAUUAACAUAGCGGAUUGUAGUUUGAGGGGUUUGUGUCAUAAUAUAGCCUGCUUUCUAAUGAAUACACAGGAAAUGUGUUUCAGCAUCUUUUUGGUCUCAGCAGAAAGAUGGAGUCAGAGCACAUUUCACAUGUAUGUCUUUUAAUCAUGUUAUAUCCUCUCCACAGUUUGUUGGAUAGCUCCUGUUAUGUAAAUAUUACUGAUUAAAUUAAUUUAAGUA